UCUUCUUCUUCUUUCUCACUUGCCGGAGAAGAUGGAUUCGAUUUGUCGUUUCCGACCGAAUCAGUCUUCUCGCGGAAUUUCAGUUUUGCCUGCUUUUAGCAUAAGCAAUCUUUUCGCUGUCAAUCGUUUCCGUUCGACGACGAGUCUUCAUUUUGGAUUUCCUGCGACGCCGUUUCGUCGGACUCCAAACUCUACCUUCAAGACUCACGCGAAGAAGAAGAAUAAAACGAGUACUGUCGAACAGAGACCGAACAAAGUCGAAGAAUUGAUCUUUGAUGAAGAAGAAGAAGAAGAGGAGCUAGUUCUUCCCGAAGAGAUUCAAGACGAGUUGCUACUGGAUGAUGAAUACGACGAAGACGAUGACUUUGAGUUCGAUGAGAGCGAGGAGGAACUCUAUGCUGGAGAUGGAGGUGGUGGAGGAGGCAUUAAACUUGCUGGAACAUUAUGGGAUAAAGAAGCAUUGGCAUUAGCUGAGAAAGUUUGUGAGUCUUUUGAUGGUGAUUUAGGCAUUUAUGCCUUCAAGACACUGCCAAAUUCAACCAUACAAGUGCGAAUCGAGCGGCUCACUAACAAGUUUGGUUCACCAACAAUGGAAGACAUUGAAGCAUAUUCAACAAUCUAUAGAGCAAAACUGGCUGAAGCUGGACUCGCCAAGUCUAUACCGGACAAUAUCUCUUUAGAGGUUUCAUCUCCUGGUGUUGAAAGGGUAGUACGAAUUCCGCAGGAUCUUGAUCGGUAUAAGGACAGACCGAUGUACGUGAGGUACACUAACGAGGACACUGAGACCGAAGGUGAUGGUAUUUUCAGACUGAUUUCUUUCGAUGUGGAAGCCAAAAGCUGCAUUUGGGGAAUAGCAGACACAAGAGUAAACCGAGAAAAGGCCGGCAAAGGAAGACCUUUGAGCAAGAAGCAAAGAGAAUGGCGACUCGAAACGGCUUUCGAGUCACUGCGGUUAGUCCGCUUGCACUCUGAAUGUUGAGAACACAAUAAAAAGGAAUGUCUUUUACUUUAUAUUAAAAUCUCAAUAGAAUGAGAUAUUACAACGA